AUGGCCCGCCCUAAAUCGUCUACGAAAGCUGCUGCUGCGAGUACGGAGACAAAGAAGGCUACGACUUCGAAGCCUCGAGCGUCUGCUACCAAAGCUGCGGCAACCGAAAAGGUAGAAAAGGCCGAAAAGGCAACUACCAAGAAGACUGCACCCAGAACUAGCAAGGGGGCUGCGUCCAAGGCAGCCGCAGAGCCCAAGAAGGCUCCCACACGCGGCCGGAAACGUGCUCCUGACGAUGAGCCUGCCUCUAGCGCUCCUGCCAAACCCACCAAAAAGGCCAAGGCCGAUACUGCCGCGGAGACUGCUGCUGAAGAGACCGCUGCCGAGGAGACUGCCGCUGAGGAAGAGGCCACCAAGGAGAAGGAGGAGACUGCCCAAGAGUCGACUCAGCCCGAGCCAGAGACAGAAGCGCCCAAACCAAAGGUCAAUGGCGUCAAGAAAACCGACAGUCUGCUCUCCAAUUCCUCUCGUAGGAGAGGUCAGCCUCCCAAGCCCAAGCCGGCUGGUACCACACUCAACUCGGUUCCUGCUAUUCCCGAGCACCCUCGACCCGCCUACCAGAUUUUGGUCUUUGGCAACGGAGACUCGUCGCAGUUUGGCAUGGGCCCUAACGCUACGGGCGAGUACCCUCGCCCGAGGAUGCAAAAGUUCUUCAAAACGGCCUCGGACGAGGGCAAAUUAGGUGGAGAAGGCGCUGGCGUCGAAUCUCUUGCCGCAGGAGGCUUGCACACCCUUGCGAUUGACGAGGCUGGCAAGGUUUGGACUUGGGGAACCAACGACGAUGGCGCGCUUGGGCGUUUGGUCGAGGGGCCCGACCCUGAGGACCCAUCCAAGACCAUUGACAGCGACGUUGCCGAAUCCACCCCAACUGUGCUUAACACCCUGGCCGAAGAACAGUUCCGCGCCGUCUCGGUCGCUGCUGGAAACAACGUGAGCCUUGCCUUGGGCACAAACGGACAACUCCGCGCUUGGGGUUCUUUCCGAUCGAAUGAGGGAGCCUUUGGUUUCGAUGGCAGACCCGGCUCUGCCCGUAUUCAGUACCUUCCCACAACACUCGAAGCGCUCACCAAGGACGUCUUUGUUCAAAUUGCCUGUGGAGGGGACCAUUGCUUGGCACUUACGGAAACUGGACAUGUGUAUGUCUGGGGCACAGGCGAACAAUUCCAACUCGGUCGCAAGGUUCUUGAACGACACAAGAAGCGAGGCCUGUUCCCUGAAAAACUUCACUUGCGCAAUAUUGUUUCGAUCGGAUGCGGUGCAUACCACUCUUUCGCAAUCGACAAGAAGGGUGUUGUCUAUGCAUGGGGACUCAACGUCAAGCGCCAGUGUGGUAUCCCUGGCGAAGAAGAUCAAAUUCUUCAACCUACCCCUAUACCCGCCUUACACCCCGACGUUCUUGGCCACGACGCCCGUGUUGUUCAAGCUAGCGGUGGAAACCAUCAUUCGGUAUUCGUUACCUCCGAUGGCCGAGUCUACGCCUGUGGAACCUUGACCGACUCUCAAUUGGGCAUCGGUGAUGACCACCCGGCGAUCGUUAACCCGGACGAUGAGGAAGAGGCCAAGUUCGCCAUGUCCGAACCUGUCCUCGUUCCUUUCCCCCCACCUCCCACCGCCGACAAACUCGACCCAGACGUCGGACCCUAUGCCGAAGCGUCGGUAUACCCUCCACGCACACCCAUUGUUCGCGUCUCGGUCGGAACAGACUAUACUCUUGCCGUUUCGAAGUCCGGACAUGUCUACAGCUGGGGCGACGGUCAAUCGUGCGAACUUGGGUUGACCAAAGAGGAAGACGACGAAGAGAGCGUUGUGCAGCAAAAGACACCGAAACGAAUCGUGUGGAAGAACGUUGACAAUUGGUUUGUCCAGGACGCGAGUGCGGGUGGACAGCAUUGUAUGCUUUUGGUCAAGAAGAUCGAAGAGUAA